AUGAGAAGGUUCCAUGAAUUCAUUUUCUUCAGGAUAUUUAGAUGCAAAAGUUGCAUCCAUUUGCUCCUUAGACUGCAGCUGUAAGAUAUCCACAAUUAUUUUCUUGGCACCAGACUUGAAUGCUAUAGAAUGGAUCAAGGCAAUCCCAAAGUUUUAUUUGAUGGAUUAUUGGAGCUAAGAAUAGUAUAGGACUAGAAUUGUCUAAAUGGUAUAGUAAUUAAAAAUGAAAAAAAAGAUGAAGUUGUGGGUUAGAGAGUUUAAGAUGAGAUAUUGGUUAAAUACAGGAUGUGUAGCGAUAUUACCACAACAAUUGGGAAACGAUUCACACCAAUAGCUAAUCUAAAGUUAGAUUGCCAUUUGAGAAGCAUGUACCUUGUGAGCGGUGUAAUUAAUCGUUUAGUAACCUCGGUGCUCAUUAGUAGAAAUAAAUAAAACAAGGAAAAAUGUGUCUUAUCGAAUCUCGGAACUAUAAAGACUAUGAAAGUAAAAAGCAAAGCAAUAAAAAACUAUAAUGAAAUAGAAAGUUAAGAAAUCCCUUGGUUUUAUUGGUGA